AUGGCAUGCUUGAGGAAAGCACUGGCCAAGCCUAGCUGGCCAACGGCAAACAACACGCUGAUAACGGUCUUGCGCUUAUUCUCACUCGAGUUUUGGGCGGGCAAUUACCACGCUGCCGAAUUGCACCAUCGUGCAGCAAGGGAAUUCGUUCAAAAGCACAAGUUUCCAGGCUGGCAUGACUCGGCAACGUUCUUCGUGUCCGAUGUCUGGCUCGCUGGCGCUCUCCUUCGAAAACCCUUGACAUGUUCAUCGAACUGGACUCCAGGUCCAUGGACCGGACAGUCAAUCGCUCGAUCCUUUCCCGCAGUCCAGACCUCAUCAAUCAGCAUUCAUGUCAGCAUCCCGGAGUCCCUUCGUGGCGCCUUCAUAGAGAUCUGGGAAAUUGUGAGUAUAAAACAACAACUUGAGCGACUUUCAGAAAACGACAAGUUUCACGUUGUCAAUUGGAUUGAUACCCUGUCGGCAGCCAUCAAAGGAAAGCUCCUAGAGACGUUCGCGGAUUUGGCAGCUGUGCAGCCUGGGUUCCUGAAUAGUCCGAAAGACCUAGUGCUCGCUACAAGUGCUCUUGCUGCAAUGUUGUUCCUGAAAUUGUCUUCAUCUUUGGCGACAUUGAGCCGUCCAAGAACUGGAACUCUGAAACCCCACCUGAACAGAUGA